ACAGAGUAACCCGCCAGCAACCCUCUCAGAAUCCACCAGGCUAUUUAAAUAGAGCAAAGUCCACCUGGAGUUCUCCGGAGCUGGGCUGAGAGAAGACCAGGGCCCGGGCAGGAGGUAACUGAGGAUCCCAGCUCUGUCUCCCAGCCCUGGUCCUGGGUCCCCACAGCAUCCAUGCAGUCAGCAGUGAGCCCUGUGCUGUCUGCCUUCAUGAGCGAGCUCCCCAGCUGGCUCCUGUUCGUGGGGGGCUUCCUGCCUGUGGCUUUGCUGCUUUUCCUCCUGAUCGCCUGCUUCAGGGUCCACCUGAUGGAGGUAAACAAAGAGCUGUCUCAGACUCCUGAUGGCCAAUCCAUGGGGAAGGACUGCUCUUCCCUGUCCCAGCGAAUGAAAUGGAGGUGACUAUUGGAACUGGUCAAUGACUAAAUCACAAUGAACUUCUGACUGCAGACCAAUGGUACACAGUUAAGCUAAUAAAGUACACUGAUAAACUAGAAUGGCAGCAGGAGAAUGCUAACAUGGCUGUUCUGAGCCACACUGAAAAUUAUCAGAUACUCUUUAUCCAAAUGGACUUCUGUGAGAAUCAGCUUUAACAACCGCUUUCAGGAAGUGCCAAGAACAUCAGAUUUUCCUGGAUAUGCUCAAUGGACUGGACACAUGAUGUUUUACUGUUAUUUUAAUUAUAUUUACUUUGAAAGGCAUAUUUUUAAAAUGAAAUUCUUGAACACCAUUACUACCUAGUCCCACGGAAACCCACAUUACUUUGAUGUUAGAGGUGAGGAAACUGGUAGAGAUCAA